AUUAGUGGAUGGUACUUGUGAGGUGCCUCUCACACCAACCUCAGUUCCCUUUUCAAAGAGAGACGAGUUAAACAGAGCUGUAAGCAGAUUUGAGCCGCUGGAUUUAGUGCAUCGCCUCUACAGCUUCGCUGUUCAUUAAUAGCGCAAAUGCUGUAGCUCCGCUUGUACGUAAAGACUUUUUAUUUUUAAUUUGUGGCCACAGGAGAUUUAUAUGCUCCAUUCAUUCUAACAGAAAUAUUUAUAGCAGCUUAAAGUUUUUUUUCUUGGGAUCAAACGGAAAGAGAAAUCAAGUAGCAACUAAAAGUUUUGGAAUAACUGUUCGGAGGGGAGCUUGUAGGAAUGGGAUUGAGCUCUGUCCCCGCUGACGGUGCUGAAUGUACAGCUAAAACACAGGUGCAGAAUCGGUUGUCUUAAGAAAACUCGUCGAUGAGCAGCACUUGGGGGGGUUUCUGGAAAAUAUGCCUAGAUGAAAACUCCUCGCAAGGGAUCCGCUUUCGCUCGGAGCGGGGACCGGAGCGAAGGCGGCCGUCUGCAGACAUGCAAGAAAACCUCUCCGCUUUCAACAGCACCGCGCAGCAGGCGGACACAGGCUAUAAUUUCCUCGCUCUGGUCUUUGGGACAUUGCUGAUCGUCGUGAUCAUUUGCGGAAACCUGCUCGUGUGCCUUAGUGUAUACACGGAAAAAGCUUUAAAAACAACAACAAACUACUUCAUAGUCAGUUUGGCCGUUGCCGACUUACUGUUGGCGGUACUGGUUUUGCCACUCUAUGUGUAUGCGGAGUUCCAGGGUGGCAUCUGGGCCUUGAACAUGGUGAUUUGCGACGGACUGAUGACGAUGGACGUGAUGUUGUGCACAGCCUCCAUAUUCAACUUAUGCGCUAUCAGUGUUGACAGGUUCAUCGCUGUAUCUGUUCCUCUCACCUACAACCGUAAGCACAUCGACCAGAGGCAGAUCAUCCUGCUCUCGGCCACCUGGAUACUGGCCUUAGCGGUGGCCUCCCCCGUCAUCUUCGGCAUCAAUAACGUGCCACACCGGGACACCUCCAGGUGCCAGCUGGAGGACAACAACUAUGUGGUGUACUCCUCCGUUUGCUCCUUCUUCAUCCCCUGUCCCAUCAUGUUGUUGCUGUACUGCGGAAUGUUCCGGGGCCUUCGGCGCUGGGAGGAAGCACGCAAGGCCAAGCUGCGGAACAGCAUCCUGGCCUGCCACAAACUGCAGCAGGCAGCCACUGCCGCUCUGCCCCCCCUGGCGGCCCUGCCGCCGCCGCUGCCGCCCGUCAUUGAACGCGAGCUGGUGGACGCCAAGGCUGAGGAUGUGGAGCGCUACUCGCAGCCGGGGUCCCCGUUCCCCGCAGGGUACAAGAGCGCACCAGUCCAGACAGUGGCCUUCCCGGACUCCGUGUACACGCAGGCCCCUCCCAAAAAGACGAGGGCUAAGAUCAACUGUAGGGAGAGGAAAGCCAUGAAGGUUCUCCCUGUUGUAGUAGGUGCCUUCCUCUUUUGCUGGACACCAUUCUUCGUCGUUCACACCAUGCGAGCUCUUUGUGAGUCAUGUGACAUCGCCCCCCACCUGAUGAGCAUCGUCACCUGGCUGGGCUACGUCAACAGCGCCGUCAACCCCGUCAUUUACACGGUUUUCAACACGGAGUUCAGGAAGUUCUUCCGUAAAUUCAUUCCCAGCUGCUGCUAAGCACAUCCGUGUCACUGGAUGGGAGAAGCACAACAAAAACACACUGUAUUACUUAUCUAUACUGUACAAACAGCCGCUAUCGUUCUCUUGUAUUUUUAUCGUUAUUUUGUACUUCUUUUUUGAUCUUGAAAAAAAUCACGCAUUACUGUAUGGAUACAGUGUAUUUACCUAGCUACUGUCAGCAGGUUUUCUAAACUCCAUGCUGUAUGUGGAAAUUUUCCCAGCAAGGAAUCCCAUUCCACUGCAAAAUCAAAUGUAUAUUAGUGAAACAAAACAUUACUGUUUUUUAUGUUAAUACUUUGGAAUCAAAAUUGCUAUUUAAAAUAAAAGAA